AUGGUCAAUGUUAUCAAGGAUGGGCUCACCCAACUCCAGCAAUCCCAGGGCCCCCACACCCCUGAAGAUCAAAAACCCCCUGCAGUUGAGGAAACUCCCCAGGCUGCGCCCAAAGCCAAGCCUAUUGGCAAGGCUCAAUUCCCCCUUGGGGCCCCAGCUCCCAUCAUUUCCACAGGGGCCCCUAGGCGCAACCCCCUCUCCCUCUUUAACCCCUAUCCCUCAUCCUCCUUCCCUUUGGGACUGGCUCCAGCCCCCCAAGGACCUCCACCAGCACCUGUCAUCUCCUUGGCGCAGCCUCCAGCCUUAAUCUCACAGUAA